AUUUAAUAAAAAUUUUGAUAACUAUUCUCAAUGGCAGACGGUAAACAGCCUCCUUAUCCUUUUCCGCACUCAAUAGCGAACACAGUUCCAGAGAAGAAAAUAUUUCCAGGUGAUACCUCAGAUUGGUUCCAACCGAGUCCUGUAACUAAGAAAAAGAGUGGACCGAUCUUCAAUAUUCUUACUAAUAAUAAGCCGCCUACUUUGACCGCCAAGAAGCCAGAAGUAGCUCCGGUAUCAUUGAAAACUGAGUCUUCAGAACAGAAAGCAGAAAAGCCUAAAACUGGAGUAAGAGAACAACUAAUCAUAAAAGCUCACAGCAAGAAAAGUUGCCACACAAGCGACAAAAAGUAGAAGAAGAAAAAGAAGAAAAAGUUGAGAACAAGCCUGAAAAUCAGAAAAUUGAAAAUAAUAAACCAGAGAUAAAAGAAGAGUUAAAAGAAAACAAAGGGAAGCAGUCAAAAUCAAAGAAAAAGCCUCCAGCUUCCAAGAAAAAGAAGCCUGCAGAACCGAGAAAGAAAAGAGAAAGAAAGGCGAAGAGUAAGAUAAAGCAGCCUGAGAAAGAGCCUACAGAUGGCCUAGCUCCUAACUCAGCUAGGCUUAAAUAAAUACCUUCUCUUCCCAAGAGCUAACUCUUACUUCAAUUA